UAGAUUGUGUCUGGUUUUCCUUGGCUGGAGGAAAAUCUUGACUCGUGAAGUUUCAUUCAUCUCGCGAGUACCAUGGCAACUGGAGGCUUAUCAUCUUUCUGAAGGAAAAUGUCUUCCAGGACGUUGGUUUCUUGACCAAUCGGAAUUAUUUGGGCUGUGAAGUGUGAGCUAAUUCAGUUAACCGUCGUGUCUAACCAAGUUUAUGCAUUCAGAUGCUGUGGAAAGGUUUCUGUCGGAGGAUUUCAGACCCUACACAAGUGGAUUUGCAGUGACUUUUGCAGCUUGUCUUCGACAACCGGAAAGGAGUGAUCAUUUUUCGUCUUUUGAGUUUAAGUCAUGCCAUAAUAAUUACCCAGUUCACAAACCUCUCCACCUCAACACACCAUAAUGCUGCGCAACAACUUCGACGCAACAUUAUGGCUGUUACUGGUUGCAUACUUCUGCGUCACACUUGACUCAUCCAUCCUACGAGAUGUCUCAGCAAACCGCAACCGUCGCAGCGUCUUGUUCGUCAAACUGAACGCCAGCGAGCGGCAGCUGAAGGCUGGUGCCGAAAAACCCUCGAUCCGAACCAAGGAAGAGGACGCCCCACGGACGCGACCAUACUUCAGCACAUCCAAAAAGUCCUACGUGGCACUGGACACGGCCCGAUUCCUUUGCGACGACCCAGAAUCGCCCAACUGCGCCAACAAGACAUCGAUCUACAAGUCCAAGGUGGUGUACGAGCUGAAGCGAGUCCUCAAGGAGUCGUACGAGGAAAAUGAUUUCUACCGGGUUCAGUACAGGGACGAAGAUCGGAUCACUGAGGAAACUGAACUUUGUCGGCUGACGCGAGCCGACGUUAGGACAGUCACCUGGCGGGAUUCACCCUUCGAUUGGAACGAAAUUGGUCGAUACAUCCCGCCGGGGCCACUCUUUCGGGAGCGGAACGCAACGUGUGCUAUUGUGUCCAGUGCUGGUUCGCUGAAGGGGUCCAGCCUAGGCAGCUUUAUCGAUGGGCAUGACAUCGUGAUGAGGUUCAACCACGCUCCGACCGUGGGCUACGAGCACGACGUCGGGAGUAAGACCUCCGUUAGGGUUGUGAACUCGCAGGUCGUGGUGAAGCCGGAGUUUGAACUGCUCACUGCCAGUCUGUUCCGGAACGUGUCGAUUGCGGCGUGGGAUCCGGGGAAGUUUAAUCAGUCGUUGAAGGAGUGGAUUGAAACUCGGACUUCAACUUGUUUGAAAAUUUCAAACAGUAUCACCAGAAAUAUCCUGGGGCCAACUUCCACCUGGUUGAUCCUCGCAGCAUCUGGCGAGCAUGGAGUGCUCUUCAGGACAAGACCAAGGUUAAAAUCAUCCGUAACCCUCCUACCUCUGGCUUCAUCGGUUUGGGACUGCUCCUUCCCGUGUGCCGUUACGUGCACAUGAUCGAGUACAUCCCGAGCAGCAGGAUGAACGGCCUCUGCCACUAUUAUGACGACGAGAUCAACUCGGCCUGCACGUUCGGGUCGUGGCACCCGUUGGCCGCGGAGAAGCUGUACGUUCUGCGCAUGAACACGGCCACCGAU